UAAGAAUCAGGGUAACACCGCUGAUCCUUCGGAGCAUGAGCGAUCAGUAGUGCAUUCACGGUUCAUUUACUAUAGCCUGACUGGUUUAUUAUUAACGAACGAAAAUGGGCUGGAUAUUCCUCGCGACUAAUUCUGCAGUGUCCUUCCUAAAUAUGUUGUCACUCGGCGGUUUAGUCGCUACCAUUGUGGUAUUAUCGAUCAUCCGCUAUUGGAAAGACAUCAAUGAGUUCAUGAAAGUUCGGAGGGAACUACUACGAUGUUCGUCGUCAUUACCUGGGCCCCCGCGAAUCCCAUUUUUUGGAAAUGCACAUCAAUUCAUUGAUGCCGCUAAAGCGGUUUUGAUACUUAACCAAAUGAGUCGGGACAUGAAUGCCAAAACGUUUGUAAUUUGGUUGGGCCCGAUGAUGAAAGUUGUCGUCACCGAUCCCAGGGAUUAUGAAAUUAUAAUGGCAAGUGCAAAAGCAUCUGAAAAGGACAAGGUCUACGAUUUCAUGGGACCAGCGGUUGUCAACAGUCUUAUAAAUGGAGGAGGACCGACCUAUCGUGCACACAAGAAACUCGUGGUGCCACUGAUAAAUGGAGGAAAAUUACUGCCAGAGCACAUCAAGCAAUUCAAUUUACAUACAAAAAUUAUGGUAAAGAAUAUGGCUGAGCGAAUAGGAACUGGACAAUAUGAUAUUCAUGAUACGAUUGUUCCAUGUGUAGCUGACAUUGUGUUUGAAACAAUAUUUGGCGUCCCUGGGGUUGCUCAGCAGGGCAAAAGGAAUAUUCUGGUGGAUGAAAGUGAAAGGCUGUUGCAUCUUAUAUACAAAAGAAUACUUACAUUUUGGCUGUGGCCGUCUAUGAUCUUCUUUCGUACGUCAACCGGGAAACAGCUCUCGCAGAUAGUGGCACAAAGUCAUCGAUUUGUAGAUGAUAUAAUAAGCAAAAAAAAACUUGAAUUGAUGGAGAUGAUGCGUCAAGGCAUAGAGCCAGAUUUGAAGAAAAGUGCUGUACUCGAUCAAGUUCUUUCUCAUAUGCUCAAGACAAAAUCUUGGACAGACGAGGAAAUGCGAUACGAGAUGGUUACGCUUUUCAUUGGGUCCCACGAUACGAUUGCUGGAAUGAGCUGUUUUCUAGCUUUGGCACUUGCUAUGCAUCCUGACAUACAGAAAAAAGUCAGAGACGAGCUGCAGGAGGUCGUGGGGGCGUCUGACUUCACUGAGGAGAAUAUAGCAAAUAUGAAGUACCUGGAUAUGGUGGUAAAAGAGACUAUCAGACUCUUUCCUGUUGGGCCGGUGUUAGGGAGGCAGAUGACUGGAGAUUUGAAACUGGCCACAUGUACCUUGCCGAAGGGUGCAUCAAUAUUUAUGUUGCCCUACAUAACUCAUCGCGACCCCAUGUACUGGGUUGAACCCGAGAAGUUCAUGCCAGAACGAUUCUCUGCAGAGAAUUCCGUUGGAAGACAUCCCUGGGCAUACGUACCCUUCAGUGGUGGCAUCCGCAGUUGUCCAGGUUCGAAAUACGGCAUGAUCUGCAUCAAAACUAUCAUCUGUCAGAUGCUCCGGCAUUAUGAACUGGAUACCACUGUCGCAUAUGAAAAUCUCCAUCUUCACGCCCAUAUAUCAACCCGCUGUGUAGACGGAUACCCCAUAAUUUUGAAAAAGCUCAAGUAGUUGGAGGAAGAUGUUAUUGAAACGUACCUUUGUGAAUUUUUUUUAAGUAUGGAAAUCACAUAUGAAUGAUAAAUGAGAUUAUUGAUAAUAAUUUACCGUAACAUUGUCAACUACAUAAUUGUUUUAUCAAUAAAUGUGUCCAAUGUGAAAUUCUGA